UCCCAUAAAUCUAAAAAUAUCCAAGAGAGACAGUACUGGGAAUUCCCCUUUGUGAAAAAGAAAGUAGACCAUUUUUAUUGAAAAAUAAGUAAGAUUUAGACAUAAUUGAUCAUACUUACAGGAUAUAUCAACAAUGGCAACCAUCACAUUUACCAAAUCUGAACAAAGAACAAAGUCAGAAACCAGCUCUGUUAUUAUAAAGUCUUCAGAACACAAAACCAAUCAGAACUCUGAAAAUAGCGCUGAAAUAAAUGAUUCAAAAAUGAAGAAGAACAAGAACGCCAAUUUAAGGAAAUCAAAAUCGGCACAGAGUUGUGAAAACCUAGAAACAAAACAUGAAGAAAAUCAGGCCAAAGAUCAGCAUGCCUAUGAAACACAAGUUUCAAAAGCAGAAGUUGAUGGUGAAACAGACAGUGCUAUAGGUUCUAGCAAUUACAGUUGUAUGUCACUUGAUUCAUUACUCAGUAAUUUUGAUGACCAGCUUGAUUUGGAAGAAACAAAGCCAAAGGUUUGUGAAGAGGCAAAAGGCUCAGAUUAUCGCAGUCCUUCCUUCAGUUCCAGUGCCACACCACCAUUUUAUUAUACACCAAAAGUCCCUGUACCCACUGCUACUGAAGUGUAUGAUGUUAAAAGGAACGUUAAAUUCAAGCAGAACAAGAUACAGCCUGUCCCUGAAAAACCAGAAUGCCACGUAUUCCAGAGUCACCUAUCAGAUCAAAGGGUGGCUGAACAAACAGAAAUAGAUGGAGAAAUAUCUCUAGCACAAUACUUACACGUUAAUCCAGAAUUGAGUGAAGAAUCUUCAUUAGCUUCAAGCAUUACAGCAUCUUCCCUGUCUUCUUGUUCAAGACGUGGAAUGUCAGACUUUGUCAUUCUUCACACUGAUGAUGAUCUUGAAGCAGCAGGUUCUUUUAUGGAGCAUCUUCAAAGAGACAUUGGGAUACCAGACCUUACUGUAGAUUUGCUCAGUAACAUUGAUGCAGGAAAACCUGGGAUGCAAAGUUUGGCAACUUUACAUGAUAAAUAUAGAUACAUUUUGACAUAUGUCACAAAGAAUCUUGAAAGUGAUAAAUAUUGUAGGUACUUGGAUGAAAUUGUGUUGACAUUAGGUCUAAGGGAAGCAAAUGGGAAAGAAGAAAGAGUUGUGCCAGUAUUAACCAGACAAGGUUACUGUAACAUUAUAGAACUAAGCAUACUUGGUGGACUGCAAUAUUUCAAUUUCCGUUCAAGUAGCACUCUUAUGAGUGAUUCAUAUGUUAACUGUGUAAAAAAUCUUGUUAAAACAGGGAGAGCUAAAUUUCCUUGAAGCAAGGUCUAGAAUAAUCCCUAUUCAUUUUUGUAAUAAAACUACAUA